GCGGCAGAGCCGCCCGCUCUGGACCGGGUCCUGGCCACACUGCGCGAGGCCUACGUGCCCGUCGACCCGCCGCCCUGGGUGCGCGCGCGCCUCCGUGUGCUGCACGAGGAGACCCGCCAGUGCUCGGGCUGCCAGGCUUCUGGCCCGCCGAGCUGUGCGACGAGCUCGUGCGCGCAGCGCUCGCGACGGGCACCAUGGUGGAGUCCCGCUGCACGGCCGACGGCGAGCGGCUGAGCGGCAUCCGCACGAGCAGCAGCCUCGUCCUCAAGCCCCACGCGUUGGCGCGGGUGGGCGCCGGGGAGCUCCCGAGGCGGCUGCACCGCGACCUCCGCGGGGUGCUCGGCAUCGGGGGCGGCGCCGGGCUGCCAGAGCUCACGGGGGAGUACCCGCAGGUCGCGAGGUACGAGCGCGGGCAGUAUUUCCAGGCGCACGAGGACGCUUUCCCCAUGGGCCAGGCGUUGCGGUCGAACUACCAGCGCAGGGUCACGUUGCUUGUCUACCUCAACGACGUCGGCGAGGGCGGCGAAAC